AUGAGCAUCCUCUUGCUGACCAAAGAGACUGUCUCUGAUCUCGGAGAAGGAGCUAUGCUCAAGUUUUUGCCCAUCCCCUCAUCUCUUCUCGAUGAUAGAGAGCUCUCACUUUUUGUAGGAGAUCAGGAGACAGAGAUACAUUUGGAAGAUGCUUCGAAACGUCAUGUCCAGGGCUCAGGCCAAGUGAAUACAUCUUAA